AUGUCGGGCUCCUCAGCCAUGACGAACGGCGGAGGUGCCUCCUUCAUGGAUGUGGACAGCCAGCCGCCUGGCGGCUCUAAAUUCACCGAUCUGCCAGACGAGAUCCAACACAUCACCGCGGAUAUUAUGCCUCUAAGCCUACUCCUGACUAGAUUGUCACAAUGGACUCACACGAAGUUGCAAGACGAGAUCGCAUACCUUGCCUCCAAACCCUUACCACAAGCCGUCCUGAAUGGCAACACCAACCACCAAUCCGCGGAUAAUCACGACACCUCGCAGGAGAGUCUUGAAAAGAAGGUUCAUCUCCUCAACUUCCUGCAGGAUAUGCAUUCAAAAUGGGUCAAGACCCUUGUCAUCACCGAAUGGAGCAAAAAGGCAGCUCAGGUUGGAGCCCUGAUUGACAUCAGGGUACAUAUGUUGACCAAACAGGCUCACUACCAAGAACUCUUCUGGGAGUUGAUCAGGAUGAAGCAGGAUCUUCACUGGGCGAAAGUGCCGGGCCCAGAUCUGAAGACGGCUCUGGAAGUUCUGACAACUGGUCAAGCGUCCUGGAUGCCCGAGGAGAAAGAAGCGUUUAUCGACAACAUCAAUACCAUGCUAAGCGUACGACUCACCUUCGACGAACACGAAAAGAUCCCGGCUGCUUUCCGUGACUAUAACAUCUCGAACGGAAGGGUCACGUUCAAAGUGAAGGGAGAGUUUGAAGUCGACCUGACGAUUGGUGAUGAGGACUUUGAGCAGCAAUUCUGGUUCAUCGACUUCCGCUUUCUUUUCACCCCUGCUCCAGCAGAGCUGUCGCAUGGUGUGCGCACUUUCCUCGAGAACAAAGUCAACACAAUCCUGGGCGAUCAGGGCUUGGCUGGGUGCUAUAACUAUCUUCAUGAGUUCAAGAUUGUUGAGUUCCGUCGUCAGGCAACGGAACUGGCAAUGGGCAGGUGGGUUGAUACCCUGAAGGUCGAGAAACUCAACCGUGCCAUGUCUAUCCAGUACUGGCUCAAGCCUCCGCACGGUCUGGAGGGCCCUUCUUCACAAACUGCCAAGAGCUGGGUUUUGCUAGGGGUAUGGAGCGGAAAGGGCGUCGAAGGAGACCUUGAUUCGAAGCCUUCAAGUUACAUCAGCCUACGUUGGUUCCGCGACAACAAGGAGACUAUUUCUGCGGAAAAGCUCCUGACGGCGGUUAUUGCAAGUCACGUUGAAUACAUACUCACAUCGAUAUCUAGCAAGCUUCUCAGCAAACCUCGGUUUGCACAGAAGCAUGCAAGACUUGACUUGGAGAUUUCAAAGGAGGAGCCGCAGAAUUCUUCUUUGGCCGUACAACUAUUCGACAAUGACAAGGCUGUCAUCAAGAUCGAACCACUGACGGGCUUUUUUACACUGUUCCCGCGGUCCCCGGUCUUCUUGAAGGGACAAAUGAAGCUGAAUACCAGUUCCAAUGCGGCGGAAGAAGGCGCAAACCUUAUGGAGCAACUAAGAUUUGACCAUACAGUCAAGGAUCUCAACAGCCGUGUAAGGAGUAUAGGCUGGAUCUCGGAAGCUUUCAAGGCAGUUUGGCUCAGAAAGGCAAAUUGGAUGACACGACAAUGGUUCGUCAUGAUGAGCAUGAUUCUUGGUGGUGACCAAUGGUGGCUAGUUGACCUCUCACCACCAAGCCUAACUUCCCCCGCCGGCCGCCUGAGGCUGUUCACCAAAAUGCCCAUGACGUCCAACCAACUAACGUUGUCGGACACCUUCUUCCGAAAUUUGUCGGUCUACGCCGCUGGCAUGAUUUCACAUAUCACCGAUCUUCGCAAGCUACAUACCCUCAAAAAUCACACCGGCACUCGAGUUAGGCUGCCUACGAUUUAUGUGCGGCUAUCGGAAUGCUUCAACAAACGUCCUGGAUCCAGCAGUCGUACCUUGACGUGGGCAAAGGCUCGUACCCAUCAUCUUCAAGAGUCCGGACUCACACAGGUGACCCAAGAGGGCCCAGCAGAUGCCACACAGCCGCUCAGGAACAAGUUCAAAUCUCUGCGCGGAAAUGUAGACCACGAUGUGGUGUACAACCAUCGUACCGGCCAGUUCUCGCUUAAGCUGCGAGCGGAUAUGGGUACUCCCGUAGUCGAUUUUGCUCGCCGAUCGCGUACAGGCCCUGGAACGCUUGAUGGAGUUGUUGUUGAGGCCAUAAGACUGGCUGUGUUGCGCUCCGCGAGGGUUGUUUUCACCUACAGCAACGACCCAGCAGAACCUGUUUCCGGUCCAUCACAGGGUCCUCGUGCAUGGAGCGUACACCUAGACCUCCCCAAAGAUGCCAAGAUAUGUUGCAAGAAAUGGCCCAGUCCUACCAAGACCGAGCUUCUAACCGUCUACCUUCCAUUCUCUCUGCCGCUCAUUGCGGCGAAGAACGCAGGCAAUGUGGCGAUCGUGGUAAAAGCGGCAGAGUGGGUAACGAUUAGGUUCUCGCUCUCUGCUCCGACUACUCGGCGACUGUUGUGCCUUGAUAUCAGGACCAUGGGCCGCAAAGGUAGACUGUUGUGGCACGGGCACGAACGACCUCUUAACGCCCCGCAGGAUGAGUUUGAUACCUCCCUCCAGCGGUCGGUAUGGCACGCUCAUGGCGAUGGAAGGAAAAGCUUCGGUACCAGCGCCGCUGCUGACCCAAAGAUCGGCAUUGAAACGCUGUUAUGCGAGUCAGUGAAAUCGCUGGUCGGUACACUUCCCCCACCGCCCAUCACCGCUCCCCAUCAAGGAGGCGCACAAACACCCCAGGAGCUAGGAAUGCCCCCGCAACGACCGAAGCAGCAACCACCUCCACCAUCCCAACCACAACAGCAGCACCGGCCCGUUAACCAACCGCAAGCCCAGCCUCAGCCUCAGGCCCAGCCCCAUACUCAGCAGGCUCAGCUCCAAGCUCAGCGCCAGGCACAAGCCCGCGCCAACAACAACAGAUUCGUCAACCGCGCGCAUCCCGGCCAGCCACCACAACAGCGGCAGCCUGGCCCUCAAACCCAGGCACAACAGCAGCAACAGCAGCAACAGCGGUACCAGAUCCAGCAACAAGCACAAGCGAUGCAGCGAAUGCAGCAACAGCAACAACAGCAGGCCGCCCAACAACAUGCCCAACAGCAAGGCCAGGCCCAACAAGGCCAAAGACCCGUUCACGGCCAAGGAGGUCCUCAGGGCCCGGGUCAAGGUGGUGCUGGUGGUGGUAUGGGUGGGAAGAAUGCCCCUGUGGUAGUUAUCGACUAA